AAUUCUAUGUAGGCAAAAUGUCGUGUCCGUUUUCUUGUAACAAAUGUUUUGGAAAAGAUGAAGAAGGCACGUUGCAACUGCAUUUAAGCCGUUGCGGUCAUAUUAUUUGUCAAAAUUGCUUAGGAAGCAAUUGCGCCGUAUGCUCUCGUCCUGUAAAAUCUUUACCUAUUAGUGCGAAAAUGCCACGAGAAGUAGCUGAAUACUUUAUCGAUCCAUUGAAAUAUUAUCAAAAAUUUAAGCAAAUUGCAAAAUUCCAUAGGGAACAACAACGCUUGUACGCGCAACACUAUAUUGAAGUACAAAAAACUGAAUAUAAGAAACUUGACGAAGAAAUGCAAGGAUUCAGCAAAUUGGAGCAAUGUUUACAAAGUGAUUUAAAGGCUGAACGCGAAAAAGUACGCAAAUGCAAAGAGCAAUUGGCUUGUUUUGAAAGACGCUUGGAAAAUGGGUAUUACGAGCAACAACCUCAGCCGGCUAAAUUGCGUUUUAAUAGCGCAGUAACAAACGGUUUGAAACCAUUUCCACAAAGAGCUACGUCACUACCGACCACAACGACAUUAAGCGUUAGUUCAUUGGGUACAGAAAAUAGGAAAAGAUUAUUGAAUGCAAAUGAGUUAGGACAAAAGAUGACAUUAAAUAAAAUAUUGGAAUUAUCAUUUAAAUCAAAUUCAUCAAAAUUAUAUUAA